AUGGCUUACUGCAACAUGAUUCUCUACCUUUAUGCCAUGGCCGAGUUCAACCAGUUGUCAAUGUGGAUUCUGGGGGACUGGGCUUUUAAAGGCUUUGGAUCAACACUAAUGGAGACAGCAGACGUUUGUGAGAUAGAUCUGGUCAACAGAAGAAUCGUGGGAGGCAGUGACUCUCCACCUGACCUGGACAGCCCGUGUCAGGAUGAAGAUACAGAGUUUCACUUGGGCUUGUGCUGCACUGUGGAGGAGAGGGGGGAAACCCCCGGCAGAGAGGACACUUCCAGUGACCUGGGCGAGGCGGAGCUUGACCCUGGGGGAGAAGCAAAGACCGAAGAAGACAAGCCUUUUGGGAAGGAGGUGGUUCUUCUGAUGCAGGCCCUGAACUCUUUGGCUACUCCUGAAGAAAAACUGGCUGCCCUGUGCAAAAAAUAUGCAGACCUGCUGGAAGAGAGCCGCUCCAUGCAGAAGCAGCUCAAGUCCCUGCAGAAGAAGCAGUCCCAGAUCCAGAAGGAGAAGGUCCAUCUGCAGGGGGAGCACAGCAAGGCCAUCCUGGCUCGCAGCAAGCUGGAGAGCCUCUGCAGGGAGCUUCAGAGGCACAACAAGACGCUCAAGGAGGAGAACGCCCAGCGGUCCAGGGAGUACGAGGAGCAGCGGAAAGAGGCCAUGCUGCACUUCCAGAUGACGCUGGGUGACAUCGAGGUGCAGAUGGAGCAGCACAGCUCUCACAACACCAAGCUGCGGCAGGAGAACAUGGAGCUGGCCGAGAAGCUGAAAAAGCUCAUCGAGCAAUACGAGCUCAGAGAAGAGCACAUAGACAAAGUGUUCAAGCACAAGGAGCUGCAGCAGCAGCUGAUGGACGCCAAGCUGCAGAGGAUCACCGAGAUGAUGAAAGAGGUGGAGGAGAAGCAGCAGCGCGAGAGAGAGUUUCUGCUGAAGGACGCCACCGAGUCCAGACGCAAGUGCGAAAUGAUGAAGGACCAAGAAACCCAGCUGAAGCAGCAGCUCUCCCUCUACAUGGACAAGUUCGAGGAGUUUCAAAGCACUUUGGCCAAAAGCAACGAGGUCUUCACUACUUUCAGACAGGAGAUGGAGAAGAUGACCAAAAAGAUCAAGAAGCUGGAGAAGGAAACCACCCAGUGGAGGACCAAAUGGGAGAGCAACAACCAGGCUCUGCUGCAGAUGGCGGAGGAGAAAACUCUGCGGGACGGCCACUUCAAGGCCCUGCAGGGGAAGCUGGAGCUGCUGGAGCGCCUGUGCCGGGCCCUCCAAAAGGAGCGGAACGACCUCAACAACCGCCUCAGCCUGCUGCAGGAGCAGGGCCAGCCGCCCGCCCCCCCGCCGGGCCCCGGGCAGGAGCCCCCGGCGCUGGGAGAGGAGGAGGAGGAGGAGGAAGGGGAUUGUGAGGACUUGGUGCAGGGCGAGGAGGAGCUGGAGCAAACUCCCCAGAUGAACAGCGCAGAGCAGGCAGCCCCCUCCCCCCCCUAACACAGGACUGAGCAGGCUCACACGCCCUCAGGUGAGAGGUGGGGGGGGGGGGCUGCCGGACCACACACAGCUCCACCCCCCAACGGAGUCGGACAGCCCUUUUUUUUUUUAUUAGUAACUUUUCAGAUUCUAUACAGAUACUGAACCUUUAUCUUUUUGUGUGAUGAUGACACUUAAUAAAACGAUUGUAUGGAGGAAUCUAUUCUUAACCUUUUGCCACAUUUCCAUUUGUUUCAGUAACAAGUGGCGAGCACUUAGCCCCCUUUUCUACUGCAAUUGUAUUUUCAUACAAAUGGGAGUUAAAUUUGCCUUUUUCUUUCUCUGCUCGUGGGCUUUUUUUUUCUCUCCCUGGAACUGUCUCAUAUCUCGGAAAAUGUCUUCAGAGUCCAGUGGGUUGCGGAGUCCUGGGAGGUUCACGGCUCCCGUGGUGGGUUGAGUGGUGGUUCAUUCCCUCAUUUUGAAUUCAGCUACAAUGUUUGAACUAGAGCAGAAAUAUUAAGAUUGUUUGAGUACAUUUAAAGUUUUCCGAAGCAGAUGAGAGGCCUGAGAAGCCCCAUCUUUGUCCCGUCGGGGCAGUGAAGGGGUCUUUGUGGUGGAUUUCUGUCUGCCUGAAUGGAACUCAGGGUCACGCUGCAUUAAAGCUUGUUUUUGUUACCGCCGAUUCCACAGCUCCUGCGAUCAGAAGCAGCCGGCGUUAGGUUUAGAUUCAAUGAUAUAUCGAUGAGACCCCUCUGGAAUGACGGCAGUCGUAUGGAAGUGGUGAAAUGUGGGGAAAGACGAAUGAGGACAGCUUAGUCAUGUCGUCACUGAAGGUCCCUCAUGGCAUUCAAUGGGAACUAGGGUUAGAAAACUGCAUUCUGGACCUUGUGUGCAGGGAACAGUGACGAUGUGAGUUCAGAUAAAGAGAUGCUGACUUCAGUGGCGGUGACUUUACCGUCAGGCAAAGUUCAUGUAUGUGUGUUGAAUGUUGGACUUGACAUCAAUAGGCGAUCGGACUGAUGGGCCUUUUACUUUUAGUUGGUCCACAUGGUGGUAUUUCUGCAGACUUCCUAGACUGAGGAUGAAGCUCCUGUUGCACGGCCCAGUAGGCUGAAUUUUCCACUAGUUCUGCUCCCUCAGUUUCACUCAGAAAAACUACAAGUGAUCCAGGGUCACCACCAAAACCAUCCCAAUGUGUCCCCAACUAAAUUUCCUUUGAGUUUCACCUGUUAAAUGAUGGCACUGGUGUGUGCAUACGUGUGCACAUAUGGUUGGGUACAGGGUCCUCUGGUAGUUGUGGCCAGGCUGAGCAGCAUCCAUUUCCCAGGAGGCAUUGCCCCAGAUUGACUCUCAGGUAAUGUGAAAACCUACCUCUACAGGUCAGACUGUGAAAGUGUGGGGGGGGGGCAGGAAGGGGCAGAGGUUUGAGGG